UCACUCGUCUGCUCCUCUCCUCCGACUGAGUAUUGCACAGUUGCAGCUUGUAACUUUCCCGGGAAAAUCCCAUCUCCCUUUCGGGAAAUUCAUCCAUGGCAAUGCCCAAACUGGAACUGCGGCCCCUUGGAAAUACGGGCCUUAAGGUCAGCAGCGUCGGAUUCGGAGCUUCCCCUCUCGGCAGAGUCUUUGGCCCCGUCUCUGAAGAGGACGCCAUCGCCUCCGUAAGCGAGGCAUUCCGCCUUGGCAUUAACUUCUUCGACACCUCCCCGUAUUAUGGAGGGACGUUGUCAGAGAAGGUACUUGGUAAAGCACUUAAAGCUCUUGGAGCUCCUAGAGGUGAAUACAUUGUUUCAACGAAGUGUGGGCGUUAUAAAGAGGGUUUUGAUUUCAGUGCUGAUAGAGUGACUAGAAGCAUUGAUGAGAGCUUGGAGAGAUUGCAGCUCAACUAUGUUGAUAUACUACAAUGCCAUGACAUCGAGUUUGGGUCUCUUGAUCAGAUUGUGAAUGAGACAAUUCCAGCCCUUCAGAAGCUAAAAGAAGCAGGGAAAAUCCGUUUCAUUGGUAUUACAGGACUCCCGUUAGGAAUUUUUACAUAUGUGCUUGAUCGUGUUCCACCUGGCACAGUUGAUGUCAUUUUGUCAUAUUGCCAUUACAGUAUUAAUGACUCAACAUUAGAGGAUCUGGUCCCUUACUUGAAGAGCAAAGGUGUUGGUAUAAUCAGUGCAUCUCCACUCUCAAUGGGACUACUUACUGAGCUUGGCCCUCCAGACUGGCACCCUGCAUCACUUGAACUCAAGUCUGCCUGCCAAGCUGCUGCUGCUUAUUGCAAAGAGAAGGGGAAAAGUAUUACAAAGUUAGCCAUGCAAUACAGCUUGUCCAAUAAGGAUAUUUCUACUGUUCUGGUUGGCAUGAAUUCUGUUAAACAGGUUCCAGUUCAUCAUCUGCCUUUAAUUGUCUGUUUUUCUCUAAUAUAGAAGUUUUUUUCCCCUAAUAUCAAAGUAUCUUGCUUUCUCAUUGUUUACAAUGGUUAAUGAUUCUGAAAACAUUACCCCAUGUAUUCAAGGUUUCAGGAGAAAUAUCAGAAAACUUCCUCCAUCAUCCAUUCAUGAACAAAUAAACACUAUAUACUUCCUAUCCGGUAAAACACAAUUAUUUUCACUUGAAUGGUCUGUAAGUAACGUAUAGCAUUUUGAUCAUAAUCAGGUCAAGGAGAAUGUAGCUGCUGCAACAGAACUUGCACUCUUUGGAAAAGAUCAACAGACUCUUUCAGAGGUUGAAGCGAUUCUGAAACCAGUCAAGAAUCAGACAUGGCCAAGUGGAAUUCAAAAGAGCUAACACCCUAGGUUGCUGCUGUUGGACCAUGUUAUCAUAUUUACUUCGUUUUUAUUUUCCCAGUCCCCGACAUCGUUGAGUUGACUAUUCAUGUGUGGUGCUGGUAGAAGACUGAAAUCAUUGUAUUGUGAAAAUAACAUAUGCAAGCAAGGAGAAAGGAAGAUUCUGAUCCCUAGAGAGAUGUAUCCAUGUACUUCUACUUCAUAGUAUUAGCUUGGUUUAAAUUCCGAAAAUCCUGUUCUCCAUGGUAUAAUAGAGGGUCCUACCUCUGCGUUCUGUACCAGACGUUUUAUUCCAUGACAUCUUAAUCAAUAAUGAACAAAUUCUGAGUCA